AUGAAUAAAUUAACUAAUCAACAACAAAAUGGGUUUUCAACUAAACAAAAUAAUGGUAAUAAUCACCAUCAUGUUCAGUUUGUAUUUGAUGAUGUUGAUCGACUUAAUUUACCCACAAAUUUAUAUUUGCCUAUAAAUGAUUCCAAAAUUUGUCAAAAACAACAAAAAACAAAUAAUAAUAUAAACACAACAACCAACAACAAUAAUCAUCAACAACUUCCCUCCACUUCUUGGCAAAUGCCUUUAAUUUUACCUUCUUCUGAUUUAAAUAACGAAUACACAACUUCACCUUUACAAAAACAAUUAAAUAACAAAACAAACGGGAAAACUUUAACAAAAAAUAAAAAACAAAAAAGAGAACAAAAAGAAAAUUGCCAAAAACAAUCAACAAUUCCUUUAAAAUUAAAAAUUGUUUUGGUUGGCUCGGGUUGUGUUGGAAAAUCUUCAUUAACUAUACAGUUUGUUCAACAAUAUUUUAUCACUGAACAUGACCCGACCAUUUCUGAUAUUUAUAUAAAAAAUUGUUUUGUUGAUGAUGUGCUUUAUAAAGUUGAAGUUGUAGACACAGCAGGGCAAGAUGAAUUUGCUGAAAUGCGUGAACCCCAUUUCCAAACUGGUGAUGGAUUUCUUUUAGUUUUUUCUGUUGCUAGUAGAUCUAGUCUUGAAUAUAUGCUCAAAUUGAGGGAAUUUAUUGAAAACUACAAUAAUUGCAAAAAUUUGCCUAUGCUUUUGGUUGGAAAUAAAUGUGACUUGGAAUUGGAAAGGGAGAUUUCUCGAUUGGAAGCUGAAGAUUUGGCAGCUAGUCUUAAAAUUCCUUAUAUCGAAUCAUCAGCUAAAUUCCGACAAAAUGUUGAUCAAAUAUUUCACACGUUAAUUCGACAAAUUCGCCAAUUCCAGAAUACAGAACAACAGCAAAAUGGAAAGAUUAAAAAUCAAGUAAAAGCAAAUAAUAACGGGUAUUUCGAGAAUAAUUAUAAUAAAGAAGUGAAACAAGAAAAUGGGAAAAGGAAAAAACAAGAAAAAUCAGAAAAAAUUAAAAAAUCUGGAAUUUGUAGAGUACAAUAA